UCUCAACGCCAGGGGCAGCGAUGUCGCUGUUCAGACACCUGCCGCGACCGAGGCCGUACGUUUGCCAACGAUGUAUCCGGAAACAACGCGCUCUUCUACGCGGACAACGAACGAAGACACAAUGGGCCGGCGAAGAGGCAGAUGCGAACGCGCGAGCUGCGGAAUGGGAACAGCGAGCUCAGAGGAUUGGGGCUGGUAGUCAAAAGAGCAUGUUAGAUAUCUUGGAUGAGCGAGGUUUUGUCAAAGAUGUUGCUGGCGGUCGCCAGGCGCUCGACUGGCUUUUGACACGGAAACGGAUCGGAGCAUACGUCGGCGUAGACCCUACAGCACCCUCCAUGCACGUCGGGCAUCUCCUGCCCCUGAUGGCGCUAUACUGGAUGUAUCUCCACGGCUACUACACCGUCACGCUGUUAGGUGGUGGCACAGUUCAGAUCGGAGAUCCAUCGGGAAGGACUACGGCUCGUAAGCGCCAAGACGCUGAUAUACAGUCUAUGAACAUUGAGAGCAUAAAGAGGCAGUUGGACAAACUUUGGACUAACGUCAAGUGCCUGGGAAUCAAGCACAAAUUCUCUGAACAUAUCAGCCGGAAGAAGGAUCUUCUGAACAAUCGGAGCUGGCUAAAAAAGCUCAACGCUGUCGAGCUGAUGCGAGAUUUGGGGUCAGGCAUGAGAUUAGGCGCUAUGCUCGCUCGCGAUUCCGUCAAACUGCGCAUGGAGACCGGCGAAGGUAUGGCGAUUUCCGAGUUCUGCUACCCACUGUUCCAGGCCUAUGACUGGUGGAGCAUGUACUCAAACCAAGGUGUCCAAGUACAGUUGGGAGGCUCAGACCAGUAUGGAAAUCUCUGCGCCGGCAUGGAUGCGGUAAAUCACAUGCGAAAGGUCCACGGACUAGGAAGCGAACGCUGCGACGAAGACCCUUUCAUGGCUACUUUCGGCCUCACCACGCCCCUUCUAACGACGGCAUCUGGCGAGAAAUUCGGCAAAAGUGCUGGGAAUGCCAUUUGGUUGGAUAAGCAUAUGUUGAACUCUUUCGACCUAUACCAAUACUUCCUACGUACUUCUGAUGCUGAUGUCUCCCGCUAUCUAAAACUCUUCACUUUUCUAUCUCUUGACCAGAUCGAAGUGGUCAUGGCACAGCAUAGACAAGACGAAUCCAAACGUGCUGCGCAGCACCUUCUCGCCAAGGAGAUUGUCGAACUUGCUCACGGGGCGGCAGACGCGAAAAAGGCGGAAAGAGCGCAUAAGGAGGCAUUCAGCGAUGGCACCAAUACGUUCUCCCUUGGAGCUCUGAGGAAAACAUUAUUGGACGUCUCGAACAAGGAAAUCCCCAUUGGUAACGAGCCUGCCUCAUUGAGCGAAAAGGAGCAGCAACUCCUCGCGUACAAGAAGGCUUAUGCCGCAUCAUCUACCUCGCAAGCCAUCGGCGGCGUCACGAAUGAGCCCUCGAAAAAGGAUGCAGACAAUGUUGUAACUCUACCUAUUUCUCUUCUCCAGGCGGGCUCCUUCCCACGUGUAAUGCAUGCUGCCGGUCUGGUCCCCUCUACGAGCGAAGGCCGACGGCUCAUCUCAAAGAAAGGCGCCUAUGUGGUCGUGCCAAACUCAGGAUCUCUCGACAACCCACACGGCUUACAAUGGAAGCAUAUUCCGGAUUCCAUCAAUACUGCCGAUCCCAACCACUAUUUAAUCGAUUGGAAGGCGCUCGUCCUACGAUCUGGGAAGUCGAAGAUUCAAAUCUGCCGCGUUGUUCCAGAGGAGCAGUUCGAAGCUGAGGGCCUCACCUGCCCUGGCUGGGAGGAGUUCAAGGCUCGGAGGACCGAAACUGCCGAAGUGAGGCAUUAGCAAGGACAUGUUUGUUUGUAUAUCAUGUGCGAUUACCUGUACAAUAGAGUAAGCAGAAGGUGCCGACGGGUUCCUGAUGUACUUCAACAACUGUCGUCUAUCCGUCUCUUCUCCUUUCUCAUACCACCAUCACAUCGCUCUCAUCAUUACGAAAAAUCAUUUCGGGCCCGUUUUCGAUAGCACUAUCGCAUUUUCACCUCCGCAUCAGUGCUCGGCUCCAGUCUC